CCCCUCCCUCACUCCAUCGCACAUUGCCUGCUUACUGGCUCCCCGCCAUUGCUGACCAGCGACCGCGACCACCACCUUCCCGCCACUAUAUACACACUCCCUUGCGCGCGCUGACGCAGUGACAAAUCGCACGGGCGGCGCGCGGCCUAGCUGUAUUGCACUGUCCACCACCGCCAGCGUCAAAUAUCUCCGGCGAGAGCUUCAGCGAUAUUUAUUUCCGGAGAGCUUGCCGGGAAGGGGCAGGAGGAGGAGCGGCGGCGGCGGCGGCGCCAUGGUGUUCUUCUGCUUCCUGGUGGACCAGCGGCGGAAGGUGCGGAGCAGCAAGCCGGCGGCGGGGAUCUGCUCGCGCUGCGGCGGCUGCGCCAGCGUGGCGGACAUGGAGACGGCCACGCGGCUCUGCUACCUCCUCACCGUGCACCGCGUCACCUGGCGCGCCAUCAUCUGCACCUUCUGCGGCGCCAUGCUCAAGUCCUACCGCCACUACAGGCUCUACUAGGCCGGCGGGGGCGGCCGACGCUGAUUGAUCUGCGCAACGGCCGGCCGGCCGGCCGGCCACCUUCUCCACCCGCGUCCCGUUUCCUGACGGCCGUUGCAGCGUGUAUGUGCCAGCUAGUUUUGUUUGAUCUGCUUAUUAAUUUGUGUUUAAGGCAUGCUCUCUAGCUAGCUUGGAGAUUGUUGCACUGGAUGGAGUCUUGUGGUCUUAUGUACAUAUGUUAUGCAAAGUUGGAUUACCUUCUCUUCUAAAUCAGUAUCUCCGUCCGUGGAGGCCAAUAGGAUUAGUAUCAAGUACUACGAUCUCAUGCAAGAGAGAAGGGGAGAAGUGUGAGGAUCUUUGUUAUCCAUCCCUAAUUAGCUCCUCUUGUAAUAGUAGCAUGGAUGUUCAUACAUUUCCCCUCUCCUCUCCACGGCAUUAACGUGUGAUUUGAUUUCUCACACUUUUCAUCUUCUUCCUUUUUGUUGUUGAGAAAAUCACACCUUUCAUCUGACAAGGCCCUAUUGUCUGCUACUGCUAUGAGAUAUUUCGAAAUAAACAAGGACGGGAUGUAUUUGUGUUGUGUUGUUGGUAGAUUUUUUUCCCGUCAAUUCCCGCGAAAAAAUAUAUUCUGUCAAAACUUUGGUCCGCUGGAGGGGAAAGCUACUGUACAGUAUUUGAAAAUUGAAACCCCAUGGCAGGCCGACCACCAGCAGAUGGGCAUUAACUAAUGUGCAUGGCAUACGAGGACAUAUGGCACAUGGAUGUGGACAGCCCAUACCAAACUACUCCUACUCUGGUGUAAAUUUUUCGUUGGCCCACGAUGUACAAUGUCUGCGCCAGCUAGCUGGUGUCUGUUGAAGGAAGUGAUUUACAACUGUCGCCAUAGCCCAGAUGCCGUCGGCAGGCCAUUUCUACGGUCAUGGAAGCCUGCAAGGGUCACUUUUGAUGGGUUGGCGCGUCACUUGGCAUGCUCUCAUCCGUCACCACGUCUUGCGAUCUGAAUGCUUUUUCUGGAUUUUUUUUUAUUUUUCUGUACGUGUUUUUAGCAUUUAGAUGGAUUUAUCGUUUUUUCGGUUUUCCACCUGUUUUGGCAAAAAAACGCUAUUUUUCUUCUGCGGGAGCCAUAGAUUUACUUCUUCUGGAGGCACGGAUUUCCUUUCGUGAUAAAAAAAUAGUGUUUUUCUUUUCUUUUUCCUUCCACAAAAGACACAGAUUUGCUUCCGCAAGAUGCAUACGUGUGCCUCUCGAAAAAGGAGAAAAACAUUUUUUUCUUUUUUUUCUGUGAGCGGCACAAAUACUAAGAAGACUAGGCCCGUAAGGGUUCCAUUUUUCUGGGUUUUUUGGACUUUUUUUUACCAUCCUUGUUAACACGACGCGUGUGAUGUGGAGUUAUUACACUGGAAGUGCUCUCUUUUUUUACGCAUUUUGCACGUUUGGUUUACUUAUAUCGGUCACCGCUUUACCUGGGUCUCGAUCGUGUGCCACGUACGUUUCGUGUGGCUUUGCUGGUGGUUUGUUCGUUUGCCACGAUUCAGUUCCCAAUUCAUUUUGAUAUUUUUAUUGCACCGAGGCCUCUCGCGAACCAUCCACGCUGCUUUCACGGGAGGAUAAAUACCCCCAUCUCUCGCAAAAGCAGCAGCAUGAUGAGCAUACGGCGGCGCGCGGCACGGCGUCCUCUUACUCAGAUCGGCGGGAGCAACGGCGAGGGCAGUGGCGUGGAUCGGCGGGAGCAACGCGAGGGCAGUGGCGUUACAUGAUGAGCAUACGUUUCGUGUGGCUUUGCUGGUGGUUUGUUCGUUUGCCACGAUUCAGUUCCCAAUUCAUUUUGAUAUUUUUAUUGCACCGAGGCCUCUCGCGAACCAUCCACGCUGCUUUCACGGGAGGAUAAAUACCCCCAUCUCUCGCAAAAGCAGCAGCAUGAUGAGCAUACGGCGGCGCGCGGCACGGCGUCCUCUUACUCAGAUCGGCGGGAGCAACGACGAGGGCAGUGGCGUGGAUCGGUGGGAGCAACGCGAGGGCAGUGGCGUUACAUGAUGAGCAUAUGUUUCGUGUGGCUUUGCUGGUGGUUUGUUCGUUUGCCACGAUUCAGUUUCCCAAUUCAUUUUGAUAUUUUUAUUGCACCGAGGCCUCUCGCGAACCAUCCACGCUGCUUUCACGGGAGGAUAAAUACCCCCAUCUCUCGCAAAAGCAGCAGCAUGAUGAGCAUACGGCGGCGCGCGGCACGGCGUCCUCUUACUCAGGUAUCUCUUGCUCUUCCUCUUCCCUUCCCCUUUCCAUCUUACUUCUCCUCCAUGGUUGAUGUUGCGCCGCUGUUGUGCAGAUCGGCGGGAGCAACAGCGAGGGCAGUGGCGUGGAUCGGCGGGAGCAACGCGAGGGCAGUGGCGUUACAUGAUGAGUAUACGUUUCGUGUGGCUUUGCUGGUGGUUUGUUUGUUUGCCACGAUUCAGUUUCCAAUUCAUUUUGAUAUUUUUAUUGCACCGAGGUCUCUCGCGAACCAUCCAUGCUGCUUUCACGGGAGGAUAAAUACCCCCAUCUCUCGCAAAAGCAGCAGCAUGAUGAGCAUACGGCGGCGCGCGGCACGGCGUCCUCUUACUCAGGUAUCUCUUGCUCUUCCUCUUCCCUUCCCCUUUCCAUCUUACUUCUCCUCCAUGGUUGAUGUUGCGCCGCUGUUGUGCAGAUCGGCGGGAGCAACGGCGAGGGCAGUGGCGUGGAUCGGCGGGAGCAACGCGAGGGCAGUGGCGUUACAUGAUGAGCAUACGUUUCGUGUGGCUUUGCUGGUGGUUUGUUCGUUUGCCACGAUUCAGUUCCCAAUUCAUUUUGAUAUUUUUAUUGCAUCGAGGUCUCUCGCGAACCAUCCACGCUGCUUUCACGGGAGGAUAAAUACUCCCAUCUCUCGCAAAAGCAGCAGCAUGAUGAGCAUACGGCGGCGCGUGGCACGGCGUCCUCUUACUUAGAUCGGCGGGAGCAACGGCGAGGGCAGUGCGUGGAUCGGCGGGAGCAACGCGAGGGCAGUGGCGUUACAUGAUGAGCAUAUGUUUCGUGUGGCUUUGCUGGUGGUUUGUUCGUUUGCCACGAUUCAGUUCCCAAUUCAUUUUAAUAUUUUUAUUGCACCGAGGCCUCUCGCGAACCAUCCACGCUGCUUUCACGGGAGGAUAAAUACCCCUCGCAAAAGCAGCAGCAUGAUGAGCAUACGGCGGCGCGCGGCACGGCGUCCUCUUACUCAGGUAUCUCUUGCUCUUCCUCUUCCCUUCCCCUUUCCCUCUUACUUCUCCUCCAUGGUUGAUGUUGCGCCGCUGUUGUGCAGAUCGGCGGGAGCAACGGCGAGGGCAGUGGCGUGGAUCGGCGGGAGCAACGCGAGGGCAGUGGCGUUACAUGAGGCAUGAGGGGCAGAAGCGUGGUUGCCAUCCGCCGCCGUGACCUGCAGGGGCUUCUCCCAAGUUCCGAUCUUCGUAUUAGCUCCAGAUUAUAAUGAAGCACGCCGGGGGCGGCAGGAAAUUCUCCGGGGAAGCGUCCUCUUGAUCCAUCUUCUGAUUUGUUGGGCGGCCCUACUGAUAGGCAUGUUCAGCCGAAGGUCAGUGUGUUUGUUCAUAAUGAUCUUGCUCCUGAGGAUUUGUUCCAGCGACACCAACGGCAACGACGGCAUCUCGGCUUCCUGCAUCGUGCGUUGUUGAGAGAGCGACUGCAGAUCGUGCUAGAUCGUGCGCCGGUGGAAACCUCAGGUUUGGUGUCUCCCACCCUGCCCACCCUCUGCCACGGCACGCAGCCGAACACCUGAAGAACCAGCUCGGGGACAUCAGCAAGGACCCAUCGGGGAUCCGCUAAAUUCACACUAUGGUGUUUAAUUGGAUAGAAAGAGGAGGAAAGGGCAUGAAGCGGUGGAAAGAGGUAUAUAAGGAGAAUCAGAAAGACAAGUAUAACAUAAUUAGGAACUGUGAGAAGAACUCAGCACUUCUUACAUCUGUUUAUCAAAUUUGAUUGGAUGGAUGGUUACGAUAAAUACUGAAAGAGAGCCCAUUUACAAUCAGGAAGCCCAUUGCAGAGUUCUACGACAACACUCAAUGGUUACAAUAGCAGGUGUUCAAUAUAUCCAGGGGGAUGAAUUGGAUAGCCCACAAUGUAGCUCAUAAGAUUCUGACCAGAUCAACAUGACCUAUUUUUAGUUGUUUUAGUUCAGCUCAUUCUCACUCAACUUGCCUUGUUAUCUCCACUCUGUCUACAUCUAACAUUCAGGAAGUUGAAAUUCAUGUUGUACACUCCUACUUUGUUGAAUGAAGUUGGCGCCAUGGGCACCUUUCCCCGUUAAAAAAAACACAAUUUUCAUCUAAUUA